AUGGAUGGAGAGUGUCUCAUUGAUAUGUUUAGUGAGCACAUGGGACGUGCUCAGAAGGAGGAGGUGUGUAGAGGCAGAGAGGCCACUCUUAAGAGAAAGAAAAAGAUGGAGAAACCACAUCCUCACUCUCUUGAUCCAUCCCCAGGUGAUCCAGUCAAACCCCACGGUUCUCUUGCUCAUGCCAUGGAUACCACUGUCAAAGGCAAUGGUCGCAAUCAGGAUUUCAAACAGGUUUGCUCCUCAGAACAACCCGAUUCCCGUCUGAGCCAUGUUAAAUCUUUGAGGUCACCAGCUCUGGAGUACAGCAACGCAUCUUACAGCCUUGAAAAUCAAUCAUCCUCCUCCUCCAUGAUAUUUAACCAUGUGUUCUGUUUUCUUAUUUUCNUUCCAUUGGGAGCUGACCAGCAGCAUGGAGGAUAUCCAGUUCAUCCUCCACGCCCUCCACAACAAAUCGGAGCUGCUGAUACUCCGACUUCUCAUGUCAACCGCCACGGAAUCACCCCACCACCAGUCCCCUUUAACUUUGAAAUCAAGACCAGCUUGAUCUCAUUGGUGGAGAGUUCAGUGUUUCAUGGCAUGAAGGAUGAGGAUCCAUUGAAGCAUCUUGACAAGUUUGACAGAAUUUGUUCUUUGCAGCAACUCAAUGGAGUUUCUGAAGAUGGUUUCAAGUUAAGGCUUUUCCCUUUCUCUCUAGAGGAUAAAGCUCUCACUUGGGAAGCAUCUCUGCCUGCUGGAUCAGUCACCACUUGGGCACAGUGCAAGCAAUCUUUCUUGGCUAAGUUCUUUCCAACCUCAAGAACAGCACAACUGCGCAAUGAUAUCUCCGGUUUCAUGCAAAUGCAUGGAGAAACUUUCUGUGAGGCAUAUGAGCGCUUCAAGGGCUACCAGAUGCAGUGUCCUCACCAUGGUUUCUCUAAAGAGAAUCUACUGAGUACCUUGUACAGAGGAACAUUACCCAAAUACAGAAUGCAUCUUGAUUCAGCAAGCAAUGGUUACUUCAUGGGUAAAGAUGUUGAUGCUGGAUUGAUUUUAGUUGAGAACGUUGCCACUAGUGAUGGAAGCUAUGGUGAAGAUUGUGACAGAGCUGAGAGAGGCAGUCUUGCUCAAGAAGAGAAUCACAAGAAGGAACUCAAGACUCUCAAUGAUAAGCUUGACAAGCUACUGUCAGGUCAGAAAAAGCAAGUGCACUUCAUUAAUGGUGAGGAGAUUCAAGAGAAAAAGCUCAACUAUGUGGACAGCCAAGAUGGAAACCAAUGGGUCUAUUACAAGCACGGUUUUUCUCCAUAA